CGGUCGGCACAGCACGAGACAAGCGGCAGGCGUGACGCCAAGCUGCUCUCCCGCCGGCGCACAUCGCGUCGCGAUACGAUAUUGAGCAGCAAGUGUUGCUGACCACGCUCUAAUCCUGGCAGGUAGAGAGGCGGUCACCGAGGGAAACCGCGGGUUCCACUGUUGUCGCGGCCACAGGUGCCUGCGUAACAUUGUUGGGCCGCACUUCUCGUACGCGCCACGCCGGUGCUGUAGUGACCGGGCACGAUAAGUGACGAGCGGUGCUCGCUGCGACGAAAUCCACAAGUUGGGCAUUCGUGCUACGCUUGGGGGAAGUAGACUGUGGGUUUUAGGUGCAGAACAUAGCAAAGGAGGUGUCUUCCCAUGUCCUGUUAAUUUUUAUGGUAUUUUUUAAUGUGGUCCCCGCUUCAUUGUACUGUUCCAAUGCAGACGAUGGUGUGACUUACUAAUUUAAAUCGGUUUUCUGGUUAGUAACACAGGUCGGAGGCAAGGAGGAGGUUACCGUUUCGCGUCUGCACGAUAUUCUUAUGGUAAUAAGUCGACUAGACUUUGAGAUCCCGCCAGAGAACUAACUCACACUAAUAGCUCAAUUUCAGAAGGAAAAUCCACAUCUAUUAUCGCUGCUACUGAACAACAACAGGUGCGAUAACUGAGCACCGAUAAGUGACAAAGAAGGCAGGCUUCACCUUGGCCCAUCUCUCGGAGGUUGUAAUCUCUCUCUCUCUGCCGCUGACUAACACAAUCUAUCGAUACGACACGAUUACAGACGGUAACCCACAUUAGGUAUUUGUCUCUUCAAAAUAUACCGGCGCUUAGUCAUCUCUUUUCAGACAUCCCCAGUCUGCUAAUCUUGAUGUUAGGAAUAGGUAUUCUAAAAUUGCUUAUGUGAAUCACCUAAGAAACACCGAUUAAUGUAGAAGUCGCUGAUACGUGCGAGGAAAAUUCUUCGUGGGCGGGACGUUUAAAACCAAUAUUCUUAGUACUCCAGAGAGAUUUGACGUUGUGCUACCGCUCGGAUUUGGUGACAGCUGUUUCAAAGAAACUGAAGCGUAAAGUGCCGGUCGUACGUUUGUACUAUAGGUUUGCAUAACAAUAUUGAACUCACACUCAUAAUAAAGACUUCUUUGUUGGGCAACAGCUGUAAUCGAUGUAAAGUUUACUAUUGUUCGAUAUUAGGUUAACAAAUCGAUUAUUUGUGGACAUUGGUACCGUGUACCCGUCACAGUCCCUUUUCGGGUAGAACGGUCGAAUCUCAGGUUAGUAAUUUCAAAGUUAGAGUCAUCGGCUGUACUUCGUGAGUCAGCUUGGACUAGGUUUCGUUCAAGGUUCUAGCGUAGCUCUAUCGUUGAUAUAAAUCUCAAGCCACAGCGAAAGUGUGCCAUCGAAACAGACCGAUUACCCCUGACGACAUCGAUCUACCGAGUGUAGUUCAAAGAAGGCAAGAACUUUCGCGAAUUGAGAAACUGACUGUAUUGGAGAAAAAUCUCUGAAUGCAAGUUUGAGGUCGUUUGCCUGUGGGGCUUUGCGGAUCUGGAAUUUUGUUGUGGUUUGUUAACGUAUGUGGGUACUUUAUGUAGAAGAAAACCGAUAUACCUUCAUAACCGAGUGCAGCGUCGAUGCGCACCAUCAGUAAAGUAACGUAGAGCGAGAUUUGUUGGGCCUUCAGGCAGAGGGUUGCACUAAGUUGUCAGGGAUCGCGAGAUUGCGACCAUGCCUCCGAGAAGGAACCAGACCGCUGUGCGCGGCUUGGGCGCUGAGGGUCAGAUGCGGGACGACUACUACGAAGACUACUACGAUUACGACUACGAGGAGGCGGUGUUGCGCUACAACUGGGUCGAGCUGCUGCCCGCGCUCGUCGUCUACACGCUGACGCUGCUGAUCGGACUGGCGGGCAACUCGCUCAUCAUCUUCACAGUGUGCCGCUACCGCAAGCUGAAGAACGCCACCAACGUCUUCCUGGCCAGUCUCGCCUCCGCUGACCUGCUGCUGGUCACCGUUUGCGUGCCAGUCAAGCACUGGUGGCCGAUGCUUGCUGUGCCUGCUGUCGCGCUUAUGUUUUUGUCAUGGCAUACGUCGUAA